CCCGGUAUAGCUUGUGCUCCGUCCCUCUAUUCCUUAGUCCGUGGGUAUAUAUUUCAAUGGGGGCAUGCGAUGCGAAUAAACUUCUUAUUUCUCUUUUCUGACAGUUAUUGUGUGAACAGUGUCAUGUCCUAUUCAAUGAUAAAUGCUGAUAACGAUUGAUUUCAAAGUUAGAAUCUGGAAAGUUAAAAUAAAUUUUGUACGUAUUACAAUACAAUAUAUGUAAUAAUUAAAUUGAAUUUAAGAACAAAAAAAUUGAAGAAUAUUAGCAGAAAUAUGCUGAAGCCGAAAGCACUCACGCAAGUUCUUAGUCAAGCCAACACCGGCGGUGUGGAAAAUACUUUAUUGUUAAAUAGAGACGGUGGACUGUUAGCUUACAGUGGUUAUGGAGAUAAGGAUGCGAGAGUCACAGCUGCUAUUACGAGUAACAUUUGGACAGCUUAUGAAAAAAAUGGAAGAACUGCUUUUAAGGAAGACGAAUUACAAUUUGUUCUAAUGGAUUGUAUGGAAGGGAAAGUUGUUAUUACAGAGGUAGCUAACUUACUCUUAUGUUUAUAUGCAAAAGAAAACGUAGGAUUUGGCUUGUUGCGAGAGAAAGCACAGGCAUUAGCUAACUAUCUUGAUCAACCUUUAAAAACAAUAGCAAACAUGCCUUAAAGAGAUUAUAUCUUAUGUAUUUUUAAGAAUUUAUUGUUAUUUCAACAUUUAGAAUUUGUCUUAAUAUAUAUUAUAUAAAAUAAUGCUUAUUUAUUUAUAAGAAUUUAUAAUUUAUACCAAUACUAUGUAAGUAUAUUUUUAUUAAUUGAAAAGUGAUGUAUGUGUGCAUCAUUUUGGAUACAUAUAUAUACAUCUAUGGAUUUGUACAAUAAUGCUAUGGAUAUAAUUGCAUAAUAAAUAGGAAAUACAAGC